CCUCUUUCUCUUCAACCCUCCGUCGCGAUGGCCAGAAUCGCCGUUACCAUCUGCGUUAUCUUUUCUAUCUUUCUUCUCGCUCACGCCCGUAAUCCGUCAAAUCUACCAGAGCGGUCCGUUUCCCAAACGUUUCCGAUCUCCGUCGUGACGGAAGAUGACGCAGAGACUCUCACCCUCCCCACGGAGAAGCCGGAAUCUGACGCCAUUCCCGCAGAGAAAUCGGAAUCCGACACCCUCCCCAUGGAGAAGCCGGAAUCUGACACUGUUUCCGUCAGCAGCAUCUCACUCCCCACGAUGGCAUCAUUCGACGUCAGGUUCCGUACGAUCAACCGCCACUUUCCCCAUCCACACGGUAAACGACCGUUUCUCUUCCGUUUCCCCCACAGGCACCGGUGCCUUCACCACCCCCACAUCCGCGGGCCCCAUGUACGGAUCCCUUACGGGAACGACAUGAUUCUAGCGCAGGGCUUCGGUGGCGGCGUGCGUCAGAUCCCGGCGGGAGUGGCUCGAUUUCCCGGCGUGGGGGCGGAUUACAGAAGACCGAGGCACAUGCAUGUGAAGGAGGAGGAAGAUCGGAAUGAGAAAGGCGGUUUUGUGAAGUGGUUUCGGGAGAUUGCAAACCGCUUUUGAAAUACUAUGGUAGUUCUAGUUUCUGGUUUUAAGCUUUUAUACGUAUGUUGUAUACCGUUCUAGUCUGUGAAUUUUUUGUAUUUUGAGAAAUAUAUAUACUUAUAUCUCAAACCCCUAUAUAUAUAUAUAUAGUAUUUGUUGUGGGAUUUUGUUUGA